AUGUCGUCUUCUUCGUCUUCUCCCACGGAGCCCAAGCAAUCAGAGAAAAUCUCAGCUCCUUACGGCUCCUGGAAAUCCCAAAUCACCGCCGAUGUCGUCUCCGGUGCCUCCAAGCGACUCGGCGGUACCGCCAUCGAUUCCCUCGGCCGCCUCAUCUGGCUCGAGUCUCGUCCCUCUGAAUCAGGACGAGCGGUUCUGGUGAGAGAACCGGAUAAACCGGAGGGUGAACCAGUUGAUAUUACGCCCAAGGACUAUGCGGUUCGAACUCUGGCUCAGGAGUACGGAGGUGGCGCCUUCAGUGUUUCUGGCGAUACACUCAUUUUCUCCAAUUACAAGGAUCAACGCCUUUACAAGCAGUCCCUGAGUCCCAAUGAUUCUUCACCUGUGCCACUCACUCCAGAUUAUGGUGGCCCAGUUGUUAGUUAUGCCGAUGGGGUGUUUGAUGCACGGUUUAACCGGUUUGUCACUGUCCAAGAAGAUCGUCGUCAAAGCAGUACUAAUUCGACAACAACAAUUGUAACAGUAGGGCUAGAUGGCAAGAACAUUCGGGAACCAGAAGUACUAAUAGGCGGAACUGAUUUCUAUGCUUUCCCGCGUUUGGAUCCCAAAGGUGAACGACUGGCAUGGAUUGAAUGGUGCCAUCCUAACAUGCCAUGGGACCAGGCUCAACUUUGGGUUGGGUAUAUAUCUGACAGCGGAGAAGUCCAUAAACGAAUCUGUGUUGCUGGAUCUGAUCCUACGAUUAAGGAGUCUCCAAUUGAACCCAAGUGGUCCUCUAAAGGGGAGCUAUUUUUUAUUACUGACAGACAAAGUGGGUACUGGAAUCUCUAUAAAUGGGUUGAGUCUAACAAUGAGGUCCUAUCAGUUUAUUCCUUGGAUGCUGAGUUUUCUAAACCGCUAUGGGUUUUUGGCAUCAACUCUUAUGAAUUUAUUCAGAGCCAUGAACAAAAAAACGUAAUUGCUUGCAGCUAUAGGCAGAAUGGGAGGUCGUAUCUUGGAAUUCUGGAUGAUGCUCAGGGCUCACUAUCUCUGCUUAGCAUUCCUUUCACGGAUAUUGAUAAUAUUACUUUGGGGAUCAAUUGCCUAUACGUGGAAGGAGCAUCAGAAGUUGAUCCGUUGUCUGUUGCUAAGGUGACUUUGGAUGAAGAUAAAUCAAAAGCAGUUGAUUUCAAGAUUAUUUGGUCUUCUUCACCUGAUUGCUUAAAAUACAAGUCUUACUUCAGCCUACCUGAAUUAAUUGAAUUCCCAACAGAAGUUCCUGGUCAAAUUGCCUUUGCAUACUUUUAUCCACCAUCAAAUCCCAAUUACCAAGCUACUCAUGAUGAAAAGCCUCCACUGUUAUUGAAAAGCCAUGGAGGGCCCACAGCUGAAUCACGUGGAAUCUUAAAUCUGAGUGUUCAGUACUGGACUAGUCGUGGUUGGGCAUUUGUCGAUGUUAACUAUGGUGGAAGCUCUGGUUAUGGCAGGGAAUAUCGUGAACGGCUCUUGAAGAAAUGGGGAAUUGUGGAUGUAGAUGAUUGUUGCAGUUGUGCUAAAUAUCUGGUGGGUUCUGGAAAGGCAGAUGGGGAGCGGCUUUGUAUUACUGGGGGCUCUGCAGGUGGCUACACAACCUUAGCUGCUCUUGCUUUUAGAGACACCUUCAAGGCAGGAGCUUCCUUGUAUGGCGUAGCCGACUUAAACAUGUUGAGGGCAGAAACUCACAAAUUUGAAUCUCAUUAUAUUGAUAAUCUCGUUGGCAGUGAAAAGGAUUACUAUGAUAGGUCACCAAUCAACUUUGCUGAUAAGUUUUCUUGCCCGAUAAUCUUGUUCCAAGGAUUGGAAGACAAGGUUGUACCCCCAGAUCAAGCUCGUAAAAUAUACAAAGCUUUGAAGGAAAAGGGUUUGCCUGUUGCUCUUGUGGAGUACGAAGGAGAACAACAUGGUUUCCGUAAGGCUGAGAACAUCAAGUUCACGUUGGAACAGCAAAUGGUUUUCUUUGCACGUUUAGUUGGACGCUUCAAGGUAUGCUUGAGUGGACAUUUGGACAAUAGAAAAGGGAACAAUGGACAUUUGGACAAUGUGAAAAGGGAACAAUGUGGCAGUAAAGAUGAGGUGGUGACUGUCGAAUGGAGAGGGAGUGAGGUGGCGAGCGUUUCUGAGGAGGAGAUGAUGAGUCAAAUGGCUUUCUUCCCCGGUCCUCCUCCUCCUCAUCAUCACACAGACAUAUACGUCCUCCUCAACUUCAACAUAUCACUAAGUAAACCAUGGAAUUUGAUCAUCGCCAGCAGCCAGAGUGAGUCUCCCUUCCAACUAAAAUGCAGGACCUCAAGCCAACGGCUACUACUCCUUUGGAAGUUAAGCAAAUCACAGCUCCCUAUGGCUCCUGGAAAUCUCCCAUCACCGCCUACGUCGUCUCCGCCGCCUCCAAGCUACUCACUGGCACCUCCGUCGAUUCCCUCGGCCGCCUCCUCUGCCUCGAGUCUCGCCCCAAUGAAUCCGGGUACGUCUGUUUUCUAG